AUGGCCAAUCAGAACCAUGGCACAUCAGAUGUUGCAUUGUCUACGCUACAAGAUUGUAAAGAUGCUUUAUCAUUAUUUCGAGAAGGAACUGAAUCAACAUGCAAACCAGCCCAUAUUACUCCUGCUGCGCAAGAAUGCAUGAGUAAACUUCUUCAUGAUUUUGAGACAAAGAUGUCGGAUGAUUUGCACACACCAACUGUAGUAAAUGCUUCUCUUCAAGAAGCAUCGAGACUCAUGAAUAGUUCUUUGAACAUGCUUAAGUUUGGAGGCCAUGUGUGCCCGUUAAACAAGGACAGCCCACUACGCCAGUUCAACAAGACCAGCCCUGUGUGCCAGUUCAACUACAACCCGUCGUACCUGUUCAACAAGAACAGCCUUUUGUGCCAGUUCAACGAAGUCAGUAAUGUGCGCCAGCUGAUAAAGAACUCAAGGCACCUCCAGACUCGAAUUGAUGGUCCAUGGCUUUGCUUUGGUCGAUAG